GGUUGUCUCUGCUUAAAAUUAAGCACAUCAUGUAAUGGACACGACGUAGUUGCAGUAAUUUUUACUUACGUUUGUUUACUAUCCCACUUUAUUUAAAAAAUCAGUGGUAGUAGAUAAUAAAUAACUAUAACAGUUUCCUUUGAAAAUAUAAGAUUCGGGAGACAGAAAAUGGUUUGUGUCCUCUUACAACCUCGAGCAAAUUAGCCACGCCCAUAGAAACAUAAAAAAAGAGUUUAUAUUUUUAAGUGUGUGGUACUGCACACAGUUGAUUUUCUUUUGAUCAUAAAAAAUUUGGAAUGCCCUAGAUACGUAACAAUUAAAAGUAGGCCAUAACAAUUUAUUAGCUGCUCUUUAUCUCGAAAAUGAAUAUUUUUAGUACCUAGUUAAUGUUAAUUAUUAAACUCGACUAAUUAAACAUAUAGAAAGGGCAAACAAAUAGCAAAACAGUUGUUAAGUUACUGUUUUGAAACAAUAAGACCUUUAGUUUAUUAUUAUUUAUAUACAGCACUGUUGUUUUGUUUAAACGAACAGGCAAUUAUAUAGAAUUUAGUACCUAGCGGGGCAGAGAAUAAGACGGUCAGGAGAAAGCUGUAGAAUACGGUUACUUAUAUUUAUUUACAUUCUCAACCCAUCAUCGAAGUAAACGCAUCUCGCAAUAUUUUUAAACGAAUUUUUAGUUUCACGGUUCUUACCGCAAAAUAACAAAAUGCUGGUUAUAAUAGGGUUUUCAGCAAUCGUAGUGGUAACCGUUAUUGCCGUGGUCAGAUCCAAAAAACCACUUAGUUUAAUAUUGUCGGAAGCGAAAUAUGAAUUUCUUUAUCAGAUUGAGGGCACCAGAUCUAUGUGUCAAGAUUUUAUAAUGAAGAAGCAAAAUAAAAUGGAAUUAUCUCCCAAACCUGAAAAAAUUGCUGUAAUUUCUGGAGGAACAAGAGGGAUAGGUCUGGAAGUUAUAAAAAUGCUUUUAAAAUGCGAUAUGACAGUCAUUCUAGGUUGUAGAAAUACUGCACAAGGAGAAGCAUUGGUUAAUGUUUUUAAAGAAAAUGAUAUUACUACGGGAAAACUUGACGUUUACAAUUUGGAUAUCAGUGUAAUGGAUUCAGUAAAAAAAUUUGCUGCAGUUGUUAAAGAAAAGCACCCCAAAAUAAAUUAUUUAAUUAAUAAUGCUGGUAUAAUGUUUGGGCCAUAUAUCGAAACAAAAGAUGGGUUCGAAUCACAAUUUGCAACAAAUUAUUUGGGGCAUUUUCUUCUUUCGCAUCUUCUUCUACCGGAAUUAAUAGCUGCAGGAGAAGAGGAAUCGAAGUCUAGAAUCGUAAAUGUUACAUCCUGUGCACACAGGGUUUUAGGAGAUUUUAAAAUUGAGGAUAUUAGUAAAAGAAGGAGGUAUAUUGAAGGCGAGGCAUAUGCACAAUCUAAGCUAGCGCAAAUUCUUUUUACCAAGUAUUUAGAUAAACAUCUCAAAGACGAAAAAAUAUAUGUGCAAGUUCAUUCAGUUCAUCCUGGAAUUGUUAAUACUGAAUUAUUUGAUGGCACAACAUUGAAAAAUAUUGCCCCUUGGGUGCCUGCUCUAUUUUUUAAGAGUCCCGAAGAUGGAGCUACUUCAGUAGUCCACGCUUGUCUUUCCAAGGAAUUAGAAGGAAAUGGGGGGACUUACAUUAUGAACUGUCAAGUUUGUCCUACAAGUAAAUUGGCUGAUUCGAUUUUAUUGCAGAAAAAGUUAUUUGAGUUUUCCAACGUAUUGUUAAAUAUCCAAAAUUUUAUUGUAGGGAAAUAGGUAGUACCAGUACAGUUUCCAACAAAUAAGCAAUUAAUGUUGCCAAUUAUUUCUUUUAUAAGGUCUACUUGAAAGAUUUCCUUUUUAUUUCAAACUUUCAGCAAACAAGCUGUUUACUUAUCUUUUCUAUUAUCACAUAAAAAAAUUGUUAUAAAAUAUUUAAGACUGACAAAAACUAUCAUUAGUAGCACUUUUAUAUUUUUUCCACUUUUAUUAGUACUGCGCAAAUAAAAGUAUACGUCGACCAAUUUCAUCAGGCCGGUGAGAUGCAGAAAUGUGAGAGACUACAAAUACAAAGUUAGAAGAACUACAACUAAAGUACAAUCAAAAAAAUAAGCGAAAAUGGGUAUAAAACCGUUGACAUAUUACCUGCAUUAAAACAUAAUUAUUCAUAAUGAUGGAUUUAUUUAACUCUUGGGUAAGUAAAGACGAAACGAAAUCAUGAAAUCCGCGGGACUCUCCUGCACUUUGGCGCUAAGCUACAUAACACAUUCACCGGCCAGAUGAAAUGUUGAACUGUAUUUUACUAGAGAUACAACGUAUUUUUCAUUUUAGUACUUAUUUUUGUAGUGCAUAAUUCCAAUGUAAGUGUAUCCUAAAAUACUCUAGGAUUAGUACCUCUAUAUGUAAAUAUUAAUAAAAAAUAAAGUAAACUGUCAAAGCCUUGUUUAUGAUCAAA